UAAAUUGGUUUCGAGUAAAUUUCAUGAAGAAUGUAGAAGGGUAGAAAUGUGGAAACCAGUGGGAAGCAUUCUGUUGCUGUUUCUUUGUCUGGUUCUGCUAUUUUCCACGGUCCGUGUCUCUGAUCUGCAUAACCCACUCUCCAGAUUCCGAACCCAUUUCUCCUUUCACCCUUUUUACUUCAAUUCCAGUCACCACCUGCUUCACAAUUUUAAUGUCUCUCCCGUCAGAAAGUUGGAUAGAAUAGUUGCAGCAUCUUCAAUGCCUAUUACCCCAAUAAUAAAUUUGAGGAAGGACCGGUUUCUUGAGGGGCCUGUGUUACAAGAAUAUACAUUUGCUGAAAAUUCUGUUCCUUUCAAUAGCUGUCAUGCUUCUACCAUUGUUGAGGUAGAUAAAGAUCAUUUUCUGGUUGCCUAUUUUGGAGGGUCAUCAGAGGGAGCUCCUGAUGUGAAAAUUUGGUUGCAGACUUACAAGAAUGGCAAUUGGCAGCCUCCUGCGAUUGCUGAUGAAGAACCAGAUGUUCCAUUGUGGAACCCCGUAUUAUUCAAACUUCCAUCAGAAGAGCUGCUGUUGUUCUAUAAAAUAGGACAAGAGGUUCAAAAAUGGAGUGGAUGCAUGAAGAGGUCAUAUGACAAAGGUGUUACCUGGACAGAAAGAGAACAACUUCCUCCUGGUAUCUUAGGACCAAUAAAAAAUAAGCCUAUCCUGCUGGAAAAUGGAGAUUUGCUCUGUGGAUCCUCCGUUGAAAGUUGGAACUCUUGGGGGGCAUGGGUGGAGGUAGCGACUGAUUCUGUUAGAUCUUGGAGAAAGUAUGGUCCUAUUUACAUUGAAAAUGAAACUCUCAGUGUGAUUCAGCCAGUUCCUUAUCAGACUGCAAAAGGGACCUUGCGUCUUUUAAUGCGAUCCUUUGAUCACAUCGGUAGAGUUUGUAUGUCGGAAUCCCAUGAUGGUGGCCAAAACUGGGAAUUUGCAAAACCUAUCGAUCUCCCCAAUCCAAACUCAGGUAUUGAUGGUGUAAAGUUAAGAGAUGGCUCUAUUUUACUUGCAUAUAAUACAAUCUCAAGGGGUGUACUUAAAGUUGCGCUCUCCGAUGACGAUGGGGACCAAUGGCGUGAUGUUUUGACACUGGAGGAUGAUCUGGAAAUGGAGUUCUCAUAUCCUGCUGUUAUUCAAGCUAGUGAUGGGUGUGUUCACAUAACUUACACUUAUAAUAGAACACAAGUCAAGCAUGUUGUCCUUAAACCAAAUUGAUGCAAUGGAAUUAUGGAAGAGAACAAAGGGAACAAGAACACAAGAAUACAGGACUCUAUUGUGGCACAAUUUUUGCAGCUGACUGAGCAGAGUAUCAGUAAAUCUCAACACGUAAUUUGUAUUGUGACACUUCUUUAAAUUGCUGAAAAAUUAAAAUUCUCUGCAGCCAAGAUUUAUGUACAACAGAAGGAACCUUUGAUCCACAACCUUGGUUUGUGUAUUUCCAAGUUUCCAACAGUUCUAUUUCACUAUCAAAGACACCUACAAUUCAGUUAUUGGGUCAGGGUGUUGAAUUUCAUCAAGAUUUAUAAUCCAUCAGCCACUUGGGCCUUAGCUCUACGGUAGAAACCACCAAGGCACCAACACAACAAAUGGACUUUGAAACCACAAAUAGUCAAAUACUGAUCAAUCAAGCAAUAUCGUACGUUGGGGAACAUCAAAUAUCUGAUGUAUCGUAAUUUCACCCGCAACUUACGCUAUUAGUAAUGUAGCUUGUUUGUUACCACUGUUUACUGUAGAACUCUUCAACUGUUAUCUUUGUCACUGCUUUGUUAAAGUUAAAUUGGCUACUUUCGAGCAUUUUUUACUAAUUGGUGCAUGAUAGAAUGAGUGUAGUACGGAGUUUAGGUUUU